UAUUUUAGAGUCCCAGGGUAUAGUUUACCAAACAAAAAAAAAAAUCAUAUUUGAUUUUAUGGUUCGCAAAUCGCAGUAGAUCUCACUUUGUAGUUUAUCCCCUUCUGUCUCUUUCUUUCCCUGCUUCUUGUGAAACAGAAAAACACAAAAAAAUAACUACAAAAUGGGUAUGGCAGAAAACACUAACGGUAUGGAGGAGGGAACACUGGAGAUUGGCAUGGAAUAUAGAACUGUUUCUGGAGUUGCUGGGCCUUUAGUAAUCCUUGAUAAAGUGAAGGGACCCAAAUAUCAAGAAAUUGUUAAUAUUCGAUUAGGGGAUGGGACAACCAGACGUGGUCAAGUCCUUGAAGUUGAUGGAGAAAAAGCUGUUGUUCAGGUUUUUGAAGGAACGUCCGGAAUUGACAACAAAUAUACAACUGUGCAAUUUACAGGAGAGGUGUUGAAAACUCCUGUCUCUUUGGAUAUGCUUGGGCGCAUUUUUAAUGGCUCUGGAAAGCCAAUAGAUAAUGGUCCACCUAUCUUGCCUGAGGCAUAUUUGGAUAUCUCUGGGAGUUCUAUUAAUCCUAGUGAGAGAACCUAUCCUGAGGAAAUGAUACAGACGGGGAUUUCAACAAUUGAUGUCAUGAAUUCAAUUGCUAGAGGGCAAAAAAUCCCUCUCUUCUCAGCUGCUGGUCUUCCCCAUAAUGAAAUCGCUGCUCAGAUUUGUCGUCAGGCUGGUUUGGUGAAACGUUUGGAGAAGACUGGAGAUCUGCUUGAGGAUGGUGAAGAAGAUAAUUUUGCAAUUGUGUUUGCGGCUAUGGGUGUAAACAUGGAGACUGCACAGUUUUUCAAACGUGACUUUGAGGAAAAUGGCUCAAUGGAGAGGGUGACCCUUUUCCUAAACCUGGCUAAUGAUCCCACAAUUGAACGUAUUAUUACUCCUCGUAUAGCUCUCACUACUGCAGAAUACUUGGCAUAUGAAUGCGGGAAGCAUGUUCUUGUGAUCCUUACAGACAUGAGUUCUUAUGCUGAUGCUCUCCGUGAGGUGUCUGCUGCCCGAGAAGAAGUACCUGGAAGACGUGGAUAUCCUGGGUACAUGUAUACAGAUUUGGCCACAAUAUACGAGCGUGCUGGACGAAUUGAAGGGAGAAAGGGUUCUAUCACACAGAUUCCAAUUCUUACUAUGCCAAAUGAUGAUAUUACACAUCCCACUCCGGAUCUUACUGGAUAUAUCACAGAGGGGCAAAUAUACAUUGACAGACAGCUCCAUAAUAGACAGAUAUACCCACCAAUCAAUGUGCUUCCAUCGCUGUCUCGUUUGAUGAAGAGUGCCAUUGGUGAGGGCAUGACACGCAGGGAUCAUGCUGAUGUGUCUAACCAGCUGUAUGCAAAUUAUGCUAUCGGUAAGGAUGUGCAGGCCAUGAAAGCUGUGGUAGGAGAAGAAGCACUUUCUUCUGAGGAUCUGCUAUACUUGGAGUUCUUGGAUAAAUUUGAGAGGAAGUUUGUUACCCAAGGAGCAUAUGACACCCGCAACAUCUUUCAGUCACUUGAUCUGGCGUGGACUCUGCUUCGCAUAUUUCCUCGUGAACUUCUCCACCGUAUACCAGCGAAAACUCUUGACCAGUACUACAGUCGAGAUGCAGGUAAUUGAAGGAAGCAAAGUGAUGCCCUUAGAUUGCCUCCUGCUUGGUAGUGUUUAAAAGAAGUUGAUUUACCAUCAGCUUCAUCUGCUCGAAUAAUAAUUGUUGAAUUCCAGUUAGGUUUCCCCAUGAUAGCUCUUGGGCUAGUAAACAAGUGAUCAAAUAUGACUUCUUUUAUCUAGAGGAAACCAGGGGGGGAUAAGAGGAGGAACUAUAAAGCCCACCUUGUGUUACUUGUUAUUCUAUAUUCCUAUUUAUUUUUUCAACAUUUUGUAAUUCAGUAGAUUUGGAUUUCUAUAUCCAUAUCCAAACACUGACCGAGACCAGUGCAUCCCAACUGCAUUAGCUGCUUUUCUUCUCUUCAAUUUAUUUUCAUAGUUUUGCUUUGUAUUGGUUUUUAUGUGAAGAUGAAAAUAAGGGAGACGGUGGACGACUUGUGCUGUUAUGUUGAAUAAUGUUUUUAUUUUUUA